GUCGGGUCACGUGAUGUGGUAUUAGCUCGAUGACUCUGCUAUGUUUAUCGUUUGCGGCAACGUUGAAGAAAUGUUGAUUUUCACGCUUUUAUCAGUUUACUGUCAUCGGGGGAUGCCGCGCAGCUGCUCAGAGACUCGUUUUUGUCGGCGCUGCCCGAAGAGUUUGACUUCGAAAACGGACGCUAUAGGCCUACACGUCACGUGACCAGCAUGCGGCGGAGCGUUUGAUAAAAAGAUGGCGUGAGCGCGACGGAGCGGAUAGGACAACAAGCCCCGAACUGCUGAGCGCUGCCGAUCGCGAGCCGCAGCGGCCGUUCAAUCGUCAGAUGGAUCCUGGACAGGAUUUACUUCUCGCCGCUCUCAGUGAGAGUGGAAUUUGCCCAAAUGAUAUUGGCUUAUUUGAUGUUGAUUCUCAGGAUGUUGCACAGCCCUCUACAACCCAGCAAUCUAUCUCCAUCAGUGCCCUGGAUGUUGGUGUUGGUGUGGGGACAGAGUCAGUGGAAGUUGUUCGACCUGAACAUCCUGCUGCAGUCCCCAUUGUUACCAUCAGGCACAAACCUCAGCCAUCAACCACCACGUUUGUCUUAAAUCAGCUGAAUCAGUUGCCUCCACUGGGAGCUGUUGUGACCAAACAGUCUGCUAUUAACCCUGUCAAGCAUACCAUAACUGUCACCAAGGUGGUUCAUGUGGCGAAUUCAACCCUGCGAAGUUCAUCAGCCCCCUCUUCCACAAGUAUUCCCCCUUCAGCAUCCACAGUAGUGCCUUCUAACAGAGAUCAGCAGAUUCAGUUGAAAGACCUCCUUCGGUCCAGCAGUGUGAAGAGCACUGGUCUAAAGGGCAACAGUCUGAUAGAGCUCAUGAAGCUCAAGCCUCCACCUGAUAUUGCUCCACCAGUAGCAACAGCCACAGCCACAGGCCCAGGUGACUUGAACAAUGGAAUCAAGAGAGAAGUUUUGGGUAAAGAUGCUGCCAGGAUCUGGAUUCAUGAUGACAUUAAACUACAAACCUUUCCACAUUCUCUGAAACCUCCAGUGGUGAAGGAAGAGGAUGAGCCUGAGGAGGAAGAGGAGGAUGAGCUGGGUCAUGCUGAGACUUAUGCAGAGUACAUGCCACAGAAAUUAAAGGUUGGCCUGAGGCACCCAGAUCCUGUUGUAGAGACCAGUUCUCUGUCCAGUGUGAGCCCUCCAGAUGUGUGGUACAGACUGACCAUCCCAGAGGAAGUCAUUGACAGGGGCUGCCUCUCUGCAUUGCAGCUGGAAGCUAUUACAUAUGCAGCUCAGCAACAUGAGACAUUCCUCCCAAAUGGUGAUCGAGCUGCUUAUUUGAUCGGCGAUGGAGCUGGUGUGGGGAAAGGCAGGACGAUUGCAGGGAUCAUCUAUGAGAAUUACCUCCUGGGCAGGAAGAGGUCACUAUGGUUUAGUGUCUCAAAUGAUUUGAAGUAUGAUGCUGAAAGGGAUUUAAGAGACAUUGGAGCCAAGAACAUCCAGGUUCAUUCCCUGAACAAGUUCAAAUAUGGCAAAAUCUCUUCAAAACACAAUGGAAGUGUGAAGAAAGGUGUCAUCUUUGCCACCUACUCCUCUUUGAUAGGAGAGAGCCAGUCAGGAGGGAAAUAUAAGACCAGAUUUGAGCAGCUUCUCCACUGGUGUGGCGAAGACUUUGAUGGAGUCAUCGUCUAUGAUGAGUGUCAUAAAGCCAAAAAUGUUUGUCCAAUUGGCUCCUCCAAGCCUACAAAAACUGGGCUUGCAGUGUUGGAGCUGCAGAACAAACUCCCAAAGGCUCGGGUUGUGUAUGCAAGUGCUACAGGUGCCUCUGAACCACGAAACAUGGCCUACAUGAACCGGUUGGGCAUAUGGGGACACAAAACACCCUUCAGAGAAUUUGGGGACUUUAUCCAAGCUGUUGAGCGCAGAGGUGUUGGUGCCAUGGAGAUUGUAGCUAUGGACAUGAAGCUGAGAGGGAUGUACAUUGCAAGACAGCUGAGUUUUACAGGUGUGACUUUCAAGAUCGACGAGGUUCCCCUGACUCAGGAAUAUAUCAACAUGUACAACAAAUCUGUUAGACUGUGGGUGAGUGCACGGGAAAGGUUCCAGCAGGCUGCAAACCUCAUGGAUGCAGAGCAACGCAUGAAGAAGUCCAUGUGGGGUCAGUUUUGGUCUGCCCACCAAAGGUUCUUUAAGUAUCUCUGCAUUGCCUCCAAAGUCCGCCGAGUGGUUCAGCUGGCCAGAGAAGAGGUCCAGAAUGGAAAGUGUGUGGUGAUUGGCCUUCAGUCCACUGGUGAAGCAAGAACACUGGAGGCCCUGGAGGAAGGAGGGGGAGAACUCAAUGACUUUGUUUCAACUGCAAAAGGUGUGCUACAGUCCUUGAUUGAAAAGCACUUCCCAGCUCCAGACAGACAGAAGCUUUACAGCCUGCUGGGUAUCGACCUCUCAGCAAAGAAGACCCCCUCUCCCAGUGACGCAGCAGUAGAACAAGAACAGAAGGGCAAGAAGAGGAAAGGUUCAGAGGUUAAAAAGCAGCAGAAAAAGCGUCCCCGGAAGCAUGGGGGUCUGUCGGGUACGAGUUCAGAUGAGAGCCAGUCAGAGGAGUCGGACAGAGACUGUGACAGUGAUGACAGCUUCAAAUCAGUCAGCUCAGCAGACGAAGACGACGAUUUCAACCCAUUCAGAGAAGAGUCUGAUGAUGAUGAUGGUGAUCCAUGGCUUAACAGGAAGGAACCAAAGAAAGGCAAGGAGAAGAAGAAGAAAAAAAGGAGGAAGAGUAUUGAUCCAGACUCGAUUCAAAGUGCCUUGUUGGCCUCGGGGCUGUGCUCCACUAGGCCUACUUUCACUGCCUCAGUUAAUCCCCCCAGCACGCCUGCCACAGUCAAGGCAGACAGUCAGGAAAGCUGCCUAACAAGUCAGGACUCAGUGGAACUUGCCCAGAAAAUGAAGAAAGAGCUGCUUGAAAAACUGGAGGAUCUGGCAGAGGAUCUGCCUCCCAACACUCUGGAUGAGCUCAUAGAUGAAUUGGGAGGACCUGAAAAUGUAGCUGAGAUGACUGGCCGUAAAGGUCGCGUGGUCAGCAACGAUGAUGGGACCAUCACUUAUGAAUCUCGCUCUGAGCUGGACGUCCCUGUGGAAAUACUCAAUCUCACUGAGAAGCAGAGGUUCAUGGAUGGAGAGAAGAACAUAGCCAUCAUCUCAGAAGCAGCGAGCUCGGGUAUAUCCCUGCAGGCUGACCGUCGAGUGAAGAACCAGCGGCGGAGAGUCCACAUGACACUAGAGCUGCCGUGGAGCGCAGACAGGGCUAUACAGCAGUUUGGGAGAACCCACAGAUCAAACCAGGUCACAGCUCCAGAAUAUGUCUUCCUCAUAUCGGAGCUUGCAGGAGAGCAAAGAUUUGCAUCCAUUGUUGCCAAAAGACUAGAAAGCCUGGGUGCUCUCACUCAUGGUGACAGAAGAGCAACAGAAACUCGGGAUCUGAGCAGGUUCAAUUUUGACAACAAAUAUGGCAGAAACGCUCUGGAAAUUGUGAUGAAGUCGAUCGUAAAGCUUGAUACUCCAUUAGUGUCUCCACCCUCUGACUUUAAAGGGGAUUUCUUCAAAGAAAUUCAAAUUGGAUUAGUAGGUGUUGGCCUCAUAAAUGUGGAGGACAGAUCUGGCACACUAUCACUAGACAAAGACUACAACAACAUGGGGAAGUUCCUGAAUCGUAUUUUGGGCAUGGAGGUCCAUCAGCAGAAUGCUUUGUUUCAGUACUUUUCUGACACGCUUGCAGCUGUGAUUCAGGAAGCAAAGAAGAAUGGCAAAUACGACAUGGGCAUUCUCGAUCUGGGCUCAGGUGAUGAAAAAGUAAAGAAGGUGGACUGCAGGAAAUUUCUAACACCUGGCUACACUACAUCAGGGCAUGUUGAACUCUACACUGUAAGUGUUGAAAGGGGAAUGUCCUGGGAAGAAGCCACACACGCUUGGGCAGACCAGAAUGGAGCCGAUGAUGGUUUCUAUGUGCAGAUGAGGAACAACAAAAAAACGGCCAUCCUUGUCAAAGAGGUGAACACUAAGAAGAGGCUGUUCUUGGUGUACAGGCCCAACACCGGCCGGCAGGUCAAACUAGAGACGUACACAGACCUCAAGAAGAAAUUUAAAAAGGUCUUGUCAGAAGAUGCCAAGCAGCACUGGACUGACCAGUACAAGUCUUCAGAAAAAAUCUGCUCACACGCAUAUUGGCGCGGUAACUGCAAGAAGGCGUCAGUGGGUUUGCAGUGUGAAGUUGGUCUUCGGUGCAGGAGGUACUAUGUUUUGUGUGGAUCAGUGCUCAGUGUUUGGAAUGAGCUGGAGGAAGUGCUCACCCCGGUCAGUGGAACCAAUGUAAAGGUGCAGAUUGUCCGGCUGAGAACUGAAGAUGGGCAGAGGAUAGUCGGACUGAUCAUUCCGGCGAACUGUGUGUCUCCGUUAAUUAACAAGCUCUCAACAUCGGACCAGUGUCAGCAGCUGGCUGUGCAGGAGCAGCAGAAGCGGCAGCAGCUUCACCCUCAGAGUCUGAGCCACACACACCACACAUAGUUUAGGGGCUUUAAUCCCCAUCUCUACCCCUUAAGUUCACAUCCCUCCCUGAAGGGAUCUCUCUACACUGCAGGCUCCAGGACCUUGUGCACAACCCUCACUGUUCCUGAGGGUCAGAGGUGUGGUACCAAGCUGUGGUGACACUUGGAUGUAAAGCAGUGGUUGUAUAGAGAAAUUUUCUUUUUUACUU